GACGGGCAAUGCGCGGAGGCCGCGAUGCUGCUGGCUGCGCUGCUGCUCCUGCUGCUCCCGCGCUGCCUACGCGGACACGGAGGGGGCGUCCCGGCGCCGCCCGCGAACGCGGGAUUCCAGGAGGCUCGCCUCUUCCAACACGUGUUGUCCUGGGAGCCGCCGGGCACCGGACCCCGCCCCGCCGGUCGCCUCCUCUACGACGUCCAGUACCGGAGGUACGGCAACAGCAGCUGGACCCCCGCGCCGAACUGCACGCGCAUCGCCCGCCGCUCCUGCGACCUUUCUUACGAGACGCGGGACCCCUCGUGGCGCUACCUGGCCAGGGUCCGGGCCGUGGCCAGCGGCCGCACCUCCAGCUGGACCCAGCCGAUCGUCUUCGUGCUGAAGGAAGCAACUCUGUAUUUGUCCAACAUGAGCCUGUCUCUCAAGGGCGGAACAAUCCAGGUGUCUCUCCAGCUUCCCAUCAGCCCAUGGGACAACAUCACCUAUGAAGACAUCCACACUGGGCACAGGGAAUACCAUGCCCACAUCCGCAGGGUUUCCAACAAUGCUCAGGCCGUGCAUGUGGCGACCGGCCUGAAGUUUGACCUGCCAUCGCUGCUGCCAGGCGAGUGCUAUUGCAUCAGCGUGGAGCCGCACGUGGCCUCCCAGCCCAAUCCUACCACGCGGACAGAGGAGCAGUGCAUCUUGACCCCCCCGCUGGAAGACUGUGCAGGAGCCACUCUUGCUACCCCCAGUUUGUCCCUCCUCAGCCUGGCAGUGCUUGGAGUCCUGGGUUUGGGUUUGGUCUUGCGUUUGGCCUGUGCCUAUGUGAAGAAGCCCACAGAAACUCCAAAUGUGCUGCAAUCUCUGCUGAACGGCCGCUCUCCCUGGCUGCCGAAGGAACGUUCCCCCCAUGGGAUGAAAGACGUGGUCCUGCACGUGGAGGCAGACACCAUCCAGCAGCUCUCCUUCGUGGGGCUGAAGGACCACAGCCGCUCCAGCACCGGGAGCCACAGCCCCGGAGCUGCACCACAGCCACCAUGUCUGGAGCAAAGUGGCUGGUUGCCCGCCUGGCUGGCAGAGGGCACAAGGCUGGAGGGGCUCAUGGACGUCAGCAGCAGCUGCAGCACCGACAGCGGCAUCUGCCUACAAGAGCCCUUGGGCAGCCUGAGCCACCUGUUGGGCUGCAGGAGGCUGUCGCUGGGCAGCAGCGAGGAUGGAGGCCUCCAGGAAGAUGGCUGCAUGGAGGACCAGUGGCUGCAGGGGGCUUCGGAGGCAGAGGGAGUGCUGCAGCCCCAGACACAGUUCUCUGGGUACCAGAAGCAGUUGGGCGGCUCCGUGGAGGUGGUGAGUAGCCCCAGGCCUCCAGCCGGCAUGGCCCAUUCUGAGCUUGGCUUGGUCACUGGCUACCUGAAGCAGGCCUCCCUUGGUGCUCCCUCUGCCCUUGGGGACAGAGCUCCCGCCGAGGACACUCCUGGCAGCACGGACCUGGGGAAAGGACACUUCCCAGCCAGCCUGUCCCUGGAUGUCUCGGGGACCUUGGAAAUCCCCAAGAGCCUCCUGGCACUGGGCUUCUCGGAGCAGGAGCCAGCCGGCACUUCUCUGCACAUCGCCUCCCUCUUGCACACAGGCACGCAGCUGAGCCUGGAUCUCAGCAUCCUGACCCUUCCACGGCGCUGAGUGUGAGAAGAGCCAUGUGCCGGGCCUGCGA